UGCCCCGAGCGCACGGAGCCGGGCGCCCGACCGCCGGCCCCUGCUGGGCGCGGCGCGCGCGAGCGGCCCGGCCGGCCGGGGAACCGGGGACUCGGGCGGGGGGGAGCGGGUGGGCGCCGGGCCCGACGCACCGCCUCUCGGCUCUGCCCGCAGGUCCCCGGCGCGCAGCCCUCGCCCCGCCGCCGCCCGCCCCGGGCCCCGGAGCGCGGUGGAGGAGCCCCCCGAGGAGCCGGGGGCCCGCGCCCGGCGCCCCCCAGACAUGGUGGGCCACCUGCAUCUGCAGGGCAUGGAGGAGAGCCUCAAGGAGAAGAGCCGGGAGGGCUUGCUGGACAGCCCUGACUCCGGGCUGCCCCCCAGCCCCAGCCCCAGCCCGCCCUUCUACUCCCUGGCGCCUGGCAUCCUCGACGCCCGCGCGGGGGGCUCUGGCGCCUCCUCGGAGGCCCCCGGACCCGGCGAGGCCAAAGCGCCCCUCCCCCUCCCCCCGAGCUCCCCGGCGCGCGAGAUGAGGCCCCGGAUGCUGCCCGUGUUCUUUGGGGAGAGCAUCGAGGUGAACCCAGAGCCCACGCCCGAGAUCCGCUGCAAUUCUGAGGUCAAGUACGCCUCGGAGAAGCACUUCCGGGACAAGGUCUUCUACGCGCCGGUGCCCACGGUCACGGCCUACAGCGAGACGAUCGUGGCUGCGCCUAACUGCACUUGGCGCAGCUACCGCAGCCAGCUGACCCUGGAGCCGCGGCCGCGCGCCCUGCGCUUCCGGAGCACCACCAUCAUCUUCCCCAAGCGCGCCCGUAGCUCCUUCCGCACCACCCUGCACCUCAGCCUGGGCCGGCCCCGCCGCUGGUUCACGGCCAGCGUGCAGCUGCAGCUGUGCCCGCGCCCCGGGCCCGGCCUGCCGGGCCCCGCGCCGCUCUGACCGGCAGCCCGGCCCCCGCGGCGGCCGGAGGACGGGCUCCACGAUCGGGAGGGACCCCGGGCUGUGUCUUGCCCGCGCCGCAUCCACUUUCUCAGCACCUACCCGGUGAGGCAGCGUGGGCCUGGCUCUCCCGAGGAGCACGGGGCGGGGGCAGGUGGGUAGGCGGUGCCCGCCCCGACGGCCUGGGAGAGAAGAAGGUGUGUGUCCCUGGGUGCCCUUGAGGCGGGGGACACCCCGAACGCCGGCAGGACACAGGCGUCCGUCCCAGCCUUGGCCGGGGGACCGCCCACCAACCCCGGCUCCCAGGCCGCGUGGGAGGGAAGAGGAGUGCCAUCCAGACACCCGCCGCCCCUGGAGGGGGCUGUUUCCAGAGCAGGCCUCUCAGAUGUGUGCAGCUGGACGCCCAGAGCCAUAGCCCAGCAACCUCUGGUGGACGGUGAGCCGGGAGGCUGGGCGAAAGCCGGAAACGCUGCCAGGGCUGGUUGUGGGUUGUGUGUGGCAAGCGGCCUGGAGGAGCCCUGCCCGCACUGUCCCAGUGCCUGUGCCCCAGUGUGGAGGAUGGAGGGUGUAGCCCGUCUGCACCGAGGCCUUUGAGCUCUGUGUCCGGAGCCUCGCCCGCAGGGCAUCCUGCUAACCUCUGUCCUGACACCUUCAGGACCAGGACUCUGGACCGUCAGAGCCCUCGAGCCAGGUGCCAAGGAGAGGUGUCUAAGCUAUUGGAAAUGACCACCGCCACCUGCCCAAGGCUCCCGGCCAGCUGUCAGCUUUCAGAGAUUCCGUGGGGUCCAGCUGCCCUCGCUCAGGCCUCCCGUUCCUACAGUGAUGACGCUGCAGUGGCCAGUGCUGCAGGGUUCACCACACACGUGCAAGGUCAGGGGAGGAGGACGGGUUCACCGCACACGUGCAAGGUCAGGGGAGGAAGACGGGAGACCCUUGUGCUGCCUGGGAAGAGCCAGGAUACGUGGGUGCUGGGGCCACGGCCUGGGGCUGCCCGCCACCAAUGCCCCAGAAGCCCCCAACGUGGCCAUGGAGAUGCCUUCAGACCUGAUUGGACCCAGCAGGUGGAGGCUGCCCGCCACUGCUCCAGCAUCCCCCCAAGACGGGACUUUAGCUCCCUCGCUGCCGGGAGGGGCGGCUCGGAGCUAACGUUCAGGAGACGCGAAGUGACUGAUAUAUUUUUAUGUAUCUACAGACUGUGCAUGUUCUCGCCACAGAGAUGCUUUCUGAUUAACAAAGAAAUAACUUAAGAAUCGAUCGAUUAUCUUAAUAAAAUGUGCAGACUCGAAGAGA